AUGUCUGGCAGUCCGUCCAAAUCGUUGAAAGGGGGCGCAAAGACGAUCGGCUCCUCGCACUUUGAUCCUGUCCGUUUCCUGGAAUCGUGGAAUGCAAGUACCCGCGCGCCACAGAACAACGACCUGCGCGCCGCGAUCAUGAAUGCAUUCGGCCUUAAACCGACCGAUGACUAUGUCUAUCAUGCCAUCGCGAGCGUGACUCUCGCCCAGGUGCAAGUAGCCAUCGACCAUGGCUCUGCAAACGGCAUGCACGCAUGGUACCGAGAUGAAGCUGGCCAGCAGAUCGCACCACCCAGUCAGGCCGACAUAGAAGCUUACACCCAAAUUUUCUCGCCCACAACGGCUACUUCGAAAGCCCUCGCCGCGUUUGCCGGGAAUGCGAAGAAAGGGUCGCUCAGAGCCAGUAUAUCGAAGCAUCUUGUGGACAACUUCUUUCCGCCCUCCAAGGAAUCGGGUCUCGUGCUACCUGCCAAACAAAAGGCUGUUCCGAUCCCAAAUCCCGCCUUCGAUUUCUGGACCUGGAGCUCCCAUUGUCUGGAGUGGGCAGGACCAAAUGCCCACACUGUGAAUGUCAAGCAGAGCCACCACAUACUGCCCGUCUUUUAUCACCACUUUGGCUGUGUUUGUCCGACAUGGGAUGCGCUAAGUUUGAUCAGUCAGCUCGCCAAACCACCGAAGGCAGUAGGCGCUUCUACUGUCGAACGGCCCGUCUUGGAUCUCGGCAGCGGAAACGGGUAUUGGACAUUUCUACUCAGGCGCGUGGGUCUUACUGUGUAUGCAGUAGAUAAUGCCCUGUCAGCAUGGCGAACGAUGUGGAUCGGUGACACGAUAUCGGCAGAUGCUGUCUCAUUCUUGAAGACGCCACAAAAAUAUGUCAAGACGACUUCUGCUGCACAGGCCAUACCCACAGCAUCAGCGAUCGGGACGAGGGGCCAAGGCGCGGUGCUAUUGCUUGUUUACCCGCAGGUUUCGAAUGACUUCACACCGAGUGUUCUGCAGACGUUCAACGGCGACGCCGUUGUUGUCGCGGGUACGCAAAAUUUGAACGGUUUUACGGGACCACCUGGCGAAACGGUUACGAGUUGGAUGGCUCGAGAGCGGCCCGAAUUUGAGAGAGUGGCUCAGAUACCUCUCCCCAGCUUCGCGGGAAAAGAUGAAGCACUGUUCAUAUUUGUUAGACGCAAGGACAUAUAA